CACCUUAAACAAAUUCACGCCUAGGUGGCCUUUGGGCCGGCCAUCCUCGUUACAUGAGUGGUAACCAUUAUUAUUUAUUACUUGCCAACAGUAUGCAACAGACACGUGACCUACUGCUCAGGUGGCUAGCGAGUAACGAGCCGAUCAAGCCUGAGAUUUUCUGGAGACGGGCAUACAAAUAUACCUAUCUUAUAUUUGAGGUGUCACUUCUUCUAGGGCAGUGGACACCACGUGGUGUAUUUUAAUACUGUACAUCUACUGUCCAUUCCACAGGUACAGUACAUUUGUGAUCAGUUUUUCUUCAAUAAGAGAAGCAAUAAUACCACUAGGUUGGUUAUUUUUAAAGACAUCAAUGCAUGUACUGUGUGCAUGCAUGCAUGCAUUAUUGAUUAUUUGAGAAACUUGAGAAUGGUAAACAAUCGGUAAUUCACCAUUGUGAACAAAAUUACAAAAUGGGGAAAAGACUUUUCUCAUAGGAGCAGGUCCUUUGUGUACAGUAUUAACAGGAAAUCCUCUUCCGGUGUUACAAAACACACUUCUUAGAAAAAUUAUCUAUAAGAUCAACAGGAUAUAAACCAUCCGGGAAACAUGGGGUACCGCUUAAAUAUUAUUGGCUUCUGUCACUUUACUUGUAUUAUCCUUUUUUAGGAGUUACUCAUAAAUUCAUUACAUUUGAAUAUAAAUAGACACGUCUGUACCAUGCAAUUUUAAUUAAAGUUUCAAUUUGAUUCUAAUACUGUACUUUGACUUAUCCAAUUAAUCUCUGGAUAUUCUUGUUAUGGUAUUGUAUUGAAAUAUUUUUCCUCUCACCAAGAAGGGAAACAAGACUUUCACGGGAAGGCUACUCUGAUAAUACCAAUGUUACUGAUUAUCAUAAAUUUUAUGAUAGUCUUGUCUCCUCGUGGUGUUGAUGAUGAAGUGAGUUUUUGGUUUUUGUGUCUUUGUGAACAUCACCAGUACACUAUCUGAAGUAUCAGUUUUAUGACUGAAAUCAGUGAGAAGUAGAAAAGUUAACAAUUCUUCUUGAAGCUCGAUAUUAUUCCUCAGUUGUAUGGACACUUGUGCAUACAGAAAAUUCCAAUACCUUUUCUUUAAUGCAGUAUUGUACUCAGGAAUUUUUGUACAGUAAAAAGUAAUUACUAUUGACCUCAGAAUACCACCUAAUAUCAAGUACACAUGGCUUCAAAUUGGCCUCAAAAUUCCAAGGGGGAGGAGCCGGAAGUAUUACAGUAUACUCUAUAAAUUAUUCAUUAUCAUAGAGAGCACCAGAGUAGUGCGUCAACUUCCAGCACUCACAGUGUAGCAAGUGUCUCCAUGCUGGUUCCAAGCAUCUCUCCAGGGAUCUACUCCUGCAGGAGUAUGUGUAUGACGGUGGUGGUCACCUUGUUGGUGUGUGUUUGCUGCAGGCUUUUCCAGACAACGCUAGCACUGCCCUUAGACAUCCAGCCUUGGACAUCUUGCUAGUAGGCCUGCAGGUAUUCGGCUACAACACACUGUGCCUGAGUUACAAUGAGGGAACGUUAAAAAAGUGACUCUCCCUCGCGCACGCAGUUAUAUACCAGGUAACUGGCAACUUCAGGCCCGCUGAACAUGCAAUUCAUGCAUUGACAUACACUUCAUUUAAAUCACUUGCUGUACAUUUGGCUAUGAAAAUCAGUGUCAUACUUACUUUUUUUUACUUUUAUCCUCUUCACCACUGAUCGGCUUGUUAGUCGCUUGGGCAAUCGGUCACGUCAUGGGUCAGAUCAAUUUCUUACAUCUGUUGUUUACAAUCUAGUCAGAGUUCAAGCUUGCCAGGCAAUAGUGAAAUGGAUGUCAAAGGCACAAGUUGAUAACGUCUUUCUUACGACCUUAUCAAAAUAUAGACAAGGGCCUACUGAAAGUUUGCCGUUAGAUCCUGGAGAUAAGAAGACUGACAUAUUCUUUCAGGAUAUUAAUUACUUUCUAGGAUAAAAUACUGACAAUAAUUUCAAUACAAACAUCAGGUUCUCUGGUGAUUGGGAAUUAAAAUGAUCUAACUUCAGUAUCAGUUGAAAACUCAGGGCAUCCCCAAGGACGAUGUCAGGGAUUCGUCACUUCUACUGGCAGACUCUACACUAACUUAUUGACAAUUUUACUAACAGUAAAUACAGUUGAAGCUUUCAACAUCACUCACAAGGGAUCUUGAAUGUUUCAUCUGUAAGUAGACAUAUCUAACUUAAUGUAAAACAGGUGUGUUCUCUCUUAAUUUCAAAUCUCUUAACAGGAUAUGAGGUACAGGUAUUAAGAAAUAUCAGUCUCUGAGGUACAUGAGAGAAGACGGAAGACUCAGGCGUACUGAAGCGGUGAGAAAGCGGACGUCUCAACUGGGGGACUUAAUAAAGAAGUUAUAACUGCAUGUUUUAUGGGCUAUUGAGCAUAGUAUGAAUCAUCUGAUUUUAUGUUAACUAACAUGUACGUCCGUAGUCAGUACACAGUAGUACUGUACAUAUUAGCUAGCACGACAUUCACCUCCAUGAAUACCAGCCCUGUCUCCUGGCGAACAUAACUCCCGUAUUUUUCUAUUUCUUAUGUGGAAAAUUGAUUCCGUUAACGUUGUUUCCGUUAAAGUCACGGUUUUCAGGAACGGAACCGCGAUGUUAAGCGAGGACUUCAUGUAGCUGUGCUUAGAAGUGGUGUUUAGCAGAUUUCCCCUAAGAACAUAUUAACAGUUAAAUAACUAAUUGGCCAUGUUACCAAACUUCUUCACCUUACAAUCCUUCUACUAUAAAUUCUACCUAUACCUCCUACCCAAGUUACCCUCAUUACACAAUACUACUUGCCCAGUACUUGCCAACAGUGCGUAAAAGUCAUCACAUGACCGAGCUGCUAACAAUGGCAGAACAGGAGAGGGAGGAUCAGGCACUUAUGCCUGAGAUUUUCCAGAUCGAGGUCAAGUGCUUGAUUUCACAGAUGCAGGAGAACCAAAUCAUAUAAACCAUUAUAUGUUUCAGAGUUCAACUUCAAGGAUUGUGAUAACUUGCACAUUGAGCACUAUCAUGGUGAUGUAUUAAACCUGAUAUAUUCAAGAGCAAUGUUGGUUCCAGAAGGGAAUAGGAUGUGUCGAGCAUAUAUUUUUUUAUGGGACUUGUGUGAGGAGUUACUGGAGAAGAGAAAUAAUUUACUUUGGACCAUUAUUGGACCAUUAUGAAUUAAAUACUCUGGAGAUGGUGGAAUUUUGUACAGUGGGAUUCUGUAUGACGAGAUUUUGUCGGUGUAACAAAAACAGUCAGAAUUUAAGGGUAACCCGUGUCUGCCACAGCGGUGCUUCCCUAACACACAACAGCUGUUUUGCAUUUUUGAACCAUCGUGUAAGUCCCCACCCCUUUCCACAAAACACACACGCACACAAACGAGUAAUCGUAUUUUACUUUGUGUGCAGAUCUGUGCUUGGAGGAAAGUCAUGACAAGUCAUCCCAGAUCCCAUUCAAGGAUAAUCUCGAGUUUUACUUCUACAUGAGCCGGUCCAACCCUCCCUCCACUUUCAAGCUGAUAUUGGAGGGUGAUGACGACUCAUCUGAGCAGUAUUUCAAGUUUGUCAGAAAUGGCAAUAAGUAUGACAUUUCCACGUCUACUGAGGAAAUGUCAAUUCGCAUGGCGACUGAAGGUUGGAAGAACUGGACCCUAGACGUGAACAGUAAUAACCAUCUGCAACUCACUUGCCAGGAUAGAGUCACCCUGAAAGUCAAGCUCCAGGCACAUAAGGAUGUCUGCUACAAUCUAUUUCUCCUGACGGAUUACAACUUCCCACGCAGGUUCUGUUACCCAGAUGACAAUAACAUGUGUGUGAGGACAAAUACCAUACCUCCUAAAACCACCACUACAACAACCCCUGAAACUACCACCACAACCACAUCGCCUGAAACUACCACCACAACCACGUCGCCUGAAACUACCACCACAACCACAUCGCCUGAAACUACCACCACAAUCACGUCGUUUGAAACUACCACCACAACCACAUCUUCUGAAACCACCAGCACAACCAAGGCAGCAAUUCCCGCUUGGCCCUUCACCACAGCAACAACUAGCGAGACUAUUGAGUCGGAAUAUACAACUACCUCCAUGGAGAUAGUCGUCAAGGAAGUUAGCUCGGCAAAAGGCUUGCCUGACGCCGCUGGCCCCGCCCUCCUGCUGGCGUUUGUGAUGUUACUGGCUUGACGGGAUGGACUGUGUUCCCAAUUGCAGCGAUAUCCAUGGGUAAUAAUGGCCCAGUAGUGGGGUCAUGACAGACCUCUUGUUGAAUUUAUCACCCACUUGUGUUAUAAGGGAGUGUGCUGAAAUUCUGUCCCCUGUGCUUGCUCGCCACUUUCGCCUUUGCCUCAAAAUCCAAACUUUUCCUUCUUCUUGGAAGCAUUCCUUGGUUCAGCCCAUCCCGAAGAAGGGUGACCAGUCUAAUCCCUUUAACUAUCACCCUAUUACCCUAACUUCAUCCUUCUCUAAGAUUUUCGAAACUUUCUUAAACUCAUUUUCUUCAUCACCUUGAACACCUUUCUCAUUUGUCGGAUCACCAGUAUGGCUUUCACCAGGCGAGAUCUACGGGUGAUCUGCUGUCUACUACACCUAUCUUUGGUCAUCCUCACUUUGGGAUUAUGGGGAAAAUUUCAUAGUGGCUCUCAUCAUCUCCAAGGCAUUUGAUAUUUGCUUUCUAAACUUCCCUCUUCUGGAUUCUCUCCCUCAUUUUCUUCUCUAAUUUCCAGCUUCUUUGAGAACCGAUCCAUGGCAGUUGUUGUUGAGGGAUCGAUCUCUCACUCUUUUUCUACCAAUAGUGGUGUUCCACAGGGUUCUGCUCUU